AUGAUGCCCUAUAUCCAGAUGCCUCAGACACCCAGCGCCAAGACACACUUUGAUGAACAUGUCAACGAGCUUGCCUCCGCUUCUGAUCGGACCGCGUCCUAUUCCACUCUCGACCGAGCCGCCGAUGCUGAAGAGAUUGCCCGGUACCGCCAGAAGACAGUGUCCCCGAACCCGUCACAACAGGAAACCCGUGACUCGCACCUUGGACUGCUCCAGCAGGACGAUGCCUUCCACCGCCUAUCGAUCGGCUCUUUCUCGGACGCCGGCUACGGCCCGUCCGUGUCCUCGGCAGCGUAUCGCACCUACCCAACAUCGCAUGGUCCAGCAUCCUCGCCCGGAACGGUCGCACCACAGCCCAUGUGGGCCCGCAUCUGGGCCCGCCACAAGGCCGUCUUGCUCGUCUUUGGUGCCCAGUUCUUCGGUGCCCUGAUGAACCUGUUUGCCCGCCUUCUGGAGCUGGACAGCGAAGGCCAGAACUUCCACCCCGUCCAGCUGCUCUUUGUCCGCAUGCUCGUGACCACCGGUGUCAGCUGUUGGUACAUGCACUACUAUCGCAUACCCCAGUUCCCCUUUGGCCCACCAGGUGUGCGCUGGCUGCUCGUGGUUCGCGGCCUCACGGGUUUCUUUGGCAUCUUUGGCAUGUGGUACUCGAUGAUGUACCUGCCGUUGGCCGAGGCGACCGUGUUCACCUUUUUGACGCCCAGCGUGUCGGGCUACAUCUGCUCCAUCCUGCUGAAGGAUCCAUUUACCCGCAAGGAGCAGAUUGCGUCUGUUGUGGCAUUCUUUGGCAUCAUUCUCAUUACGCGGCCGCUGUCGCUGUUUUCGUCGUCGUCGGCGGCGGCGCCGUCCGAGUCGUUCGAGCCAUCGGAUAGCUUCGACGCUGGAGCUCUCAACGCCACCGUCGUGGCCGUCCGUGACAUGGUCAACGCCACCAUAGACGCGGCUCUGGACACUCCGUCCGUCUCCUCGUCCAGCAUGGCCGACGCCGAUUCCGGCAACAUCUCCAUUGGCCAACGUUUGCUGGCCAUCGCCGUCGCCCUGUUCGGCGUCCUCGGCGGCUCCUUUGCCUUUGCCACCAUCCGCGCCAUCGGCACUCGCGCCCACACUCUGGUCUCCGUUAACUAUUUUUCGACCUGUUGCAUUGUCGUCACGUUCUGCGUCCUGACGUUUGCUCCAAUCCUUGACAUCGGCCAGCCAGCCUUGCAGUUCGCCUUGCCGCAUUCGCUACGCCAGUGGGUCUUGCUGAUGCUCAUCUGCAUCUGCGGCUUUGGCACCCAGAUCCUCGCCACCAAGGGCCUCGGUCUCGAGCGCUCCAACCGGGCCACUGCCAUGGUCUAUACGCAAAUGCUCUUUGCCGCCGGUUUUGACCGUUUUGUGUUUGGCCACGAGAUGGGUCCCACGAGUUUGGUGGGCUGUGGUCUGAUCAUUGGCAGUGCGCUCUGGGCGGCCUUGUCCAAGAAACCGGCGCCGGAAAACAAGGCCGUUGGUGCGCCAGCCAUAGCAACUGAGUUGGGUGUGCUGUCAGAGCCGUCCGGGGCUGCCGCUGCAACGGCGGCUGACGCGCCGUUUGUGAGCUCCGCGGCCGACCUUGAAGUUGGCCUAGUCGGCUCUAGGGGAAGACAACCCGAAGCUGUUCCCAUGCUUGCAGCCGAAGAUGACAGUGACGAGGAAAUUGAGAACUUCCGUUCACACUGA